AUGACCAUGGACGACUUCCAAUUUAUGGACAGCUUCAAGCACAUCACAUUGACCCUCAAGACUGCGACUUCCCUUUGUAUUGUUCAGCAGAUCAAUGCCAAUAAAACGGUGAUUUUAGAGGAAGUUAAGAAAAAAUGAGUGCACUGACUUACAUUAUCUUGAAAAUAGUUGUUGUUCAGUGUUUCACAUGCUCAUAUUUUUGCUGAAAAAUCUGCACGGUAGCUGAUCACGAUCAGCUCAGCUAACUUGCCAGCUAGUUGGCUACUAGUAGCAAGCUAACUACAGUAGCUACUGUAGCCAGCAGAAGCUGCAGCCUGGUCGUCAAUAGUUACCACAGACACAAAGUCAUAAACUCCGCCUAUUUCAAACAUGUAUCUUCUUAUAAUGUGAUUUUAAACCUAACCUUAACCCCAACCUUAACCACACUGCUAACCUUAUGCCUAACCUUAAAUUAAGACCAAAAAACGAUAUAGCCAAUUUUGACUUUGUGGCUGCGGUAAGUAGUGAUAACCCUGCAUCCUGGCAAGCUGUUCACGUGUGCCAGUUACUGCCCUGUGCUGCCAGUGUGUAUUGCAUAACAUUUGUAAUCUGCAAUGUAUGAGUCUAAUCUGUUUCAGUUGUGGAUGUCAAGAAUGGAAGGAAUUAAACUAUUUUCUGGACAUGAAAUUCUGAAUGGUAGGUGGCCUAAAUCAUGGAAACAUGCACUUUAUUUCUGUCAUUAUUACUAGCUAGCUAUUCAAAUUGAAUAUAAUAAUCUCUGGUCAUCUGCUAUGUAACUACUAGUUUUUCAGUGAAAUUCCCAAAUGUAACAAAGACUGACCGUGAGUAAGUAGCUAGUAUGUCCGAUAUUGACAUAACAUUAGUUGAUCUUUCACCCAUAAUGAUAACUAUGGACAGUGGUGUAAAGUACUUAAGUAAAAAUACUUUAAAGUACUACUUAAGUAGUUUUUUGGGGUAUCUGCACUUUACUUUACUAUUUAUAUUUUUUACAACUUUUACUUCACUACAUUCCUAAAGAAAGCAAUGUACUUUAUACCCCAUACAUUGUCCCUGACACCCAAAAGUAAUUGUUACAUUUUGAAUGUAACAAUUAAUCGGUGUAGAGUAUUUAUUACUCCCUGCAGGGCGGUCCCGAGUUGGUUUAUCCGGUCGUCCUGUCCGCGGACGCGCUCCUCGAACGACUCGGGUGCUGCUGCUGCUCCUGCUGAUUCCAUCGAUAAUGGUGUGUAAUUCUGUCAGUGUGAAAUGUGGAUGUGGUGCAAGAAUCAGGCGCAGGAAACAGAGGCUUCGUCCAACAGGCUUUAGUAAAUACACAAAAAAACAAACGGGCCUCAACAAGAGCCCGGAAGGCAAACACGAAAAUUACGCACACAACGCGUAAAACUCUACUCGCCAAAAUAGCGCGCACAACAAGUGCGGAAACUCUCUCCUCUCCAAUGGAGGAAACAAACACUGCACCUCUGACCGGUGAACAAUUACACACAACACAAGACUCAAACAACGAGAACUUAUAGGACACAUAAUAAGCACAAAACAGAAACAGGUGUACCAAUAAGACAAAACCAAACAACCAUCGAAAACAUACAACGGUGGCAGCUAGUACUCCGGGGACGACGACCGCCGAAGCCUGCCCGAACAAGGAGGAGGAGCAGCCUCGGCCGAAACCGUGACAGUAACCCCCCCUUGACGCGCGGCUCCAGGAGGACGCGGAGCAGGGCGCGUGGGGUGACCACGGUGGAACUCAGUCAGAAGAGACAGGUCUAAAAUGUCCCUCCUCGGCACCCAGCACCGUUCCUCCGGACCGUACCCCUCCCACUCCACGAGAUAUUGGAGACCCCCCAUCCGACGUCUCGAAUCCAAGAUGGACCGAACAGUGUACGCCGGAGCCCCCUCGAUGUCCAGUGGGGGCGGAGGAGUCUCUCCUAUCUCACAGUCCUGGAGUGGACCAGCUACCACCGGCCUGAGAAGAGACACAUAGAACGAGGGGUUAACAUGAUAAUCAAUAGGCAGUUGUAACCUGUAACACACCUCGUUCAACCUCCUCAGGACUUUAAAAGGCCCCACAAACCGCCGACCCAGCUUCCGGCAGGGCAGGCGGAGGGGUAGGUUUCUGGUCGAGAGCCAGACUCGAUCUACAGGUGCGUACACCGGCCCCUCACUGCGGUGGAGAUCGGCGCUCGCCUUGUGUCGACGGAUGGCCCGCUGCAGAUGGACGUGUGCAGCGUCCCACGUCUCCUCCGAGCGCCGCACCCACUCAUCCACCUCAGGGGCCUCAAUCUGGCUCUGAUGCCAUGGUGCCAGAACCGGCUGGUAACCUAACACACAUUGGAAAGGGGUUAGGUUGGUGGAGGAGUGGCGGAGAGAGUUCUGUGCCAUCUCUGCCCAGGGGACAUACCUCGCCCACUCCUCCGGCCGGCCCUGGCAAUACGACCUCAGAAACCUACCCACAUCCUGGUUGACACGUUCGACCUGCCCAUUGCUCUCCGAGUGGUACCCCGAGGUAAGGCUCACGAGACCCCCAAACGCUCCAUGAACGCUCUCCAGACUCGGGAGGUAAACUGGGGACUUCGAUCAGACACUAUAUCCUCGGGUACCCCGUAAUGCCGGAAGACGUGGGUGAAUAGUGCCUCAGCGGUCUGUAGGGCAGUAGGGAGACCCGGCAUGGGAAGGAGACGACAGGCCUUCGAGAAGCGAUCCACAACGACCAGGAUGGUGGUAUUCCCCUGUGAGGGGGGAAGGUCUGUAACAAAGUCCACCGAGAGGUGAGACCAGGGUCGUUGUGGAAUGGGCAGGGGUUGUAACUUUCAGGAGGAGACAUAAACCCUCACAUCCCUGGCUAACGUUGGCCACCAGUACUUCGUGCUAAGGCAGUGCACUGUCCGGCCAAUCCCUGGAUGCCCAGAGGAGGGUGACGUGUGAGCCCAAUAAAUAAGUCGAUCCCGAACCUCAAGCGGAACGUACGUCCGACCCACAGGACACUGUGGAGGGCUAGGGUCGGUACGCAACGCCCGCUCGAUUUCAGCAUCGACCUCCCACACCACCGGUGCCACCAGACAAGACCUCGGUAGUAUGGGAGUGGGCUCAACGGACCUCUCCUCUGUGUCAUACCGCCGAGACAGGGCGUCUGCCUUUCCGUUCUGGGACCCAGGGAUGUACGUGAUCUUAAAUAUGAACCGGGCUAGAAACAUGGUCCACCGAGCCUGGCGAGGAUUCAGUCUCCUAGCUGCCCGAAUGUAUUCCAGGUUACGGUGGUCAGUCAAAAUGAGGAAAGGGUGUUGAGCCCCCUCAAGCCAAUGCCUCCACACCUUUAGGGCCUGUACCACGGCUAACAGCUCCCUGUCCCCCACGUCAUAAUUUCGCUCCGCCAGGCUGAGCUUCUUAGUGUAAAAAGCACAGGGGCGGAGUUUAGGUGGCGUGCCGGACCGUUGCGAUAGAACGGCCCCUAUACCGGCUUCUGACGCGUCCACCUCCACCUGGAAUGGUAAAGCGGGAUCCGGAUGCGCCAGCACCGGAGCCGAAGUAAACAGGUCCUUCAGUUUCCCAAAAGCCCUGUCCUCCUCAGCUGACCACUGCAAGCGCACCGGACCCCCCCUUCAGAAGGGACGUUAUGGGAGCUGCCACCUGUCCAAAACCCCGGAUAAACCUCCGGUAGUAAUUCGCAAAGCCCAAGAACUGCUGCACCUCUUUAACCGUGGUUGGGGUUUGCCAAUUACGCACGGCUGACACACGGUCAACCUCCAUCUUCACCCCUGACGCGGACAACUGAUAACCCAAAAAGGAGACAGACUCCUGGAAGAACAGACAUUUCUCUGCCUUGACAUACAGGUCGUGCUCCAACAGCCUCCUCAACACUCGGCGCACCAGGGCUACAUGCUCGGCUCGGGUAGAAGUGUACACCAGAAUAUCGUCUAUGUACACGACCACUCCUUGCCCCUGCAUGUCCCGGAAAAUCUCAUCCACAAAGGAUUGGAAGACUGAAGGAGCAUUCAUUAACCCGUAUGGCAUGACGAGAUACUCGUAAUGACCCGAGGUGGUACUAAAUGCUGUCUUCCAUUCAUCGCCCUCCCUAAUGCGCACCAAGUUGUAGGCGCUCCUGAGGUCCAAUUUUGUGAAGAACCGCGCUCCGUGUAAUGACUCCGUCAUAGUCGCAAUCAGAGGGAGUGGAUUACUUUAUUUCACAGUAAUCUGAUUGAGACCACGGUAAUCAAUACACGGGCGCAAACCUCCAUCUUUUUUCUUCACAAAAAAGAAGCUCGAGGACGCAGGGGAAGUGGAGGGCCGUAUGUAUCCCUGUCUCAGAGACUCGGCUAUGUAUGUCUCCAUAGCCCUCUUCUCCUCUUGAGACAAAGGAUACACAUGGCUCCAUGGAAGCGCAGCUCCUGCCUGGAGGUCUAUCGCACAAUCCUCCUGUCUAUGAGGUGGCAAUCGCGCCGCCCUCGCCUUGCUAAACACGAGUGCUAAAUCCUCAUACUCAGGGGGAACGUGCAUUGCGGGCACUUGGUUUGGACUCUCCACCGAGGUCGCUCCCACGGAAACACCCAGACAUCGCCCCAUACACUGGGCAGACCACUCCUUAAGAGCCCUCUGUUGCCACGAAAUAGAGGGAUUAUGGGUAAUCAACCAGGGAAGCCCCAGCACCACCGGAUACGCAGGAGAGUCGAUCAGAUAUAGCUGAAUAGUCUCCUCAUGACCCCCCUGCGUCUUCAUCCUAAGUGGCGCCGUGACCUCCCUAAUCAACCCCGAUCCCAACGGGCGGCUAUCUAGAGCAUGUACAGGGAAGGGAGCAUUGACAGGAAGGAGAGGAAUCCCUAACUCUACACAAAACUUCCGAUCAACAAAGUUCCCAGCUGCGCCUGAAUCUACUAGCGCCUUAUGCUGGGACCGAGGUGCAACCUGUGGAAAACUGACAGGUAUAGUUAGGUGCACAACAGAGAGCUCUGGGUAAGUGGGGCACCUACUCACCUGGAAUGACUCCCCAGUGCGUGGCCUGUUGUCUCUUCCCCCUGGAGACCCUCCCCAGCACCUAGCCGCAGUGUGUCCUCCACGGCCACAGUUGGUGCAGGGGACGGCCCCCCUUGGACUCCUUCUCCUCCUUUCUCUAGCGCCAGCACCUCCGAGCUCCAUAGGACUCGGCUCGGAGGCGCUGGAGGGUGGAAUGGACGGCCCCCACUCGGGACGUCCGCGGGUGGCCAGCAGGGUGUCGAGGCGUAUGGCCAUGUCCACCAACUGGUCAAACGAGAGGUUGGUGUCCCUGCAAGCCAGCUCACGGCGGACGUCCUCCCGUAGGCUGCACCGAAAGUGGUCAAUGAGGGCCCGCUCAUUCCACCCUGCAUCUGCCGCUAGAGUCCGGAACUCCAAGGCAAACUCCUGGGCGCUCCUCUUCCCCUGCCGGAGGUAGAAUAGACGCUCCCCCGCCGCUUUCCCCUCAGGUGGAUGGUCGAACACAGCCCUGAAGCGGCGGGAGAACUCCGCGUAGGUGAUCGUUGCGGCGUCUAUCCCCUUCCACUCGGCGUUGGCCCACUCCAACGCCUUGCCGGUGAGACAGGAGAUGAGGGCGGAAACGCUCUCGUGUCCCGAGGGCGCCGGGUGUACAGUGGCUAGGUAGAGUUCUACCUGUAAGAGGAAACCCUGACACCCGGCAGCGGUACCAUCAUACGCCCUCGGGAGCGAGAGCCGAAUCCCACUGGGUUCUGGAGCCUGGACAGGCGGACUGGCCGAUGGUGGGGGUGAGGUAGGUGGAGGUGUGGGUAUCCCACUGGUCUCCCAUCGGUGUAGAGUAUUUAUUACUCCCUGCAGGGCGGUCCCGAGUUGGUUUAUCCGGUCGUCCUGUCCGCGGACGCGCUCCUCGAACGACUCGGGUGCUGCUGCUGCUCCUGCUGAUUCCAUCGAUAAUGGUGUGUAAUUCUGUCAGUGUGAAAUGUGGAUGUGGUGCAAGAAUCAGGCGCAGGAAACAGAGGCUUCGUCCAACAGGCUUUAGUAAAUACACAAAAAAACAAACGGGCCUCAACAAGAGCCCGGAAGGCAAACACGAAAAUUACGCACACAACGCGUAAAACUCUACUCGCCAAAAUAGCGCGCACAACAAGUGCGGAAACUCUCUCCUCUCCAAUGGAGGAAACAAACACUGCACCUCUGACCGGUGAACAAUUACACUCAACACAAGACUCAAACAACGAGAACUUAUAGGACACAUAAUAAGCACAAAACAGAAACAGGUGUACCAAUAAGACAAAACCAAACAACCAUCGAAACAUACAACGGUGGCAGCUAGUACUCCGGGGACGACGACCGCCGAAGCCUGCCCGAACAAGGAGGAGGAGCAGCCUCGGCCGAAACUGUGACACUCAAGUACGACAAUUGAGUACUUUUUCCAACACUGACCAUGGAAUCAUUCUUUGUAAGUGUCCAUCUUUUGACUUUGUGUCACGGUUUCGGCCGAGGCUGCUCCUCCUCCUUGUUCGGGCAGGCUUCGGCGGUCGUCGUCCCCGGAGUACUAGCUACCACCGUUCGAUGUUUCAUGUUUGUUUGGUUUUGUCUGUUUGUACACCUGUCCCUUGUUAGUGUUUGAUUUUGUUUCCUAUUUAGUUAUCGUGUGUUGGGUCAGGUGUUAUGUGUGAUUGUUAUGUCAGCUGUUGCUGUUGAUGGGUUUUCUCUCUCGUGUUGUUUGUGUCGAGAGUCCGCACUGCGUGCGCCUUUUCUUGUUUUUACGCACUGUUGUGUGUGUGCGUAAUUUGUUCAUGCCUCCCGGUUGGGUUGGCUAUUCACCUGUUUGGAGUUACUAUUUUGGAUUGCUAAAGUCUGUUGACGAACACCCUUGUUCCUGUGCUUGAUUCCCUGCACCACAUCCACACUCAGCGUUCUGACACUUUGCUCACGUAUAAAUUAUGUUUUACAAUAGUUGACUUUGCUCACGUAUAAAUUAAUGUCUCAUUAGUAUUGCAUGCAAUAAUGCAAGAAACUGACCCUGUAUUCAAUCUGUGGCACAGAUAACUCUAGUGACCACAGACCUGAAGGUCACCUGACUGUGGCAGAGUUUCAGCCUUACAGGAAGAGUCUCAUACUGAGUUAGUUGACCUCAUGUUUUAUACUCUAUUGUACACAUUUAGCUAAUUGAAGCCAUAGGUUUGCAUCAUUAGCUUUUUUCAUUAGGUAGCUAGCUAUAUGAUCUAUGUAUGUAGCUCAACAAAUAGAUGUCUCCCUUCCUCAGAUGAUGAAAUUGAUGAGAGCCAUGUCAACUUUGUGGUCAUUGAUGAGUUCCAUGAGAAAUGUAGUCCUGCUGUGAGUACCUAACCCUCACAAUUAGGGUUUCAUUUCACUUCGCCCCCUGUGUGUACGGUUCCCAUUACAUAGCCUAUUGGCAUACAGACGUGGAUAACAUCUCUGACGAAAAUGAAGCUGUAAUGAGUCUAAGGAGGUGUGUGCCCUGUGUCCUGUCCUGUGGGUGUAUGGAGUGAUCUCUAGUACCUUGCUUGGUCAUGCUAUCUCCACAAUAGGUGAUGCACAUCCGGAAGCAGCAGGUGAUCGGGAUAGGAGCUGACGGGGACGGGACGUUCCUGCAUGAGAGACUCUGUUGGCUGCAGGUGAGGAAAGAGAUACAGAGCUCUAAGUAAUACUACCUAGGCUUUUUGAUAUGAAUAUGUUCAUCAUUUUCUAUUUUUCAUUAUCUAUUACUUUUCAUGAAUGGAAAUUUGAACUGCUGAACUAUAUCCAAUCUCCUUUGUAGAUUGCCACUAAGAACAAGGUGUACCUCUUUGACAUCCUGUUGCUUGGAGCCCGGGCCUUCAAGAACAGCCUGUCCAUGAUCCUGGAAAAUAACCACAUAUUAAAGGUGAGUAAUGUAGACAGGAGAUUAUUAUAUUAAUCCAUUUUACUUCUACCUCAUGUAAUUUCACCUCUGUCGGUGUAUGUAUCUUAUUCAGGUCACCCAUGACUGCCGGAGGAUUGCCAGAUGUCUGAUGGCUCAGUUUGGAGUAAAUCUCACAAACGUCUUUGACACGCAGGUAGUGUACUGUAGAAAAUGUAUGAUCCUAGAGUGUGCAGCCGAAGCUUUGUUGUCGUUCUAUGAAUGGAUUCUUACUGCCCUGUAGGCAUCAUACCAAGUAUUACCCUCCCAGCCUUAUCACUGUGAUGUGUUUGGGUUAUUUCUCCAUAGUUGGCAGAUAUCCUGUGCUUCUGCAGAGAGACAGGUGGCUUCCUGCCAGACAGGGUCAGUACUCUACAGGAAGUGGUGAUCCUACAUCUGAAGAUGCCCUCAUCAUGACUCUCCUCUCUCAAGAUCAAGUGUCUGCUCACCAAGGUACAUAACCCUAAAGCAGGGAACAUAGCACAACAGUAUGGAUGUGGUCUGUGUGUGUCUGUGUGUGUAUCUGCAUUUCAAGACUUGUUACUGUGUGUGUCUGUACUAUACCUGUAGGAGGACAAAGAGGUGUGGUACGUGUGUCCCUGCUCUGCGUCCCUGCUGAAGGUCAUGGCCCUGUCGGUGAUCCAUCUGCAGCCUCUGAGGCUGGUGCUGCUGUAUGCCCUCAUGGCUGACUACACAGGCCUGGUGGACUCCUACCUUAGCUGCAGCCGUGAGGAACCUGUCCACAUGCAGAACAUUGGCUCUGUGAGCAAAUGAGCUACACACACAUGACCCAACACACAACCACCCAGAUAAAUAAAGUACUUACAUCCUCAAACAUCCAGAGUCACUUACUCAUUACUGUACAUAUGACAAAUGGCAAUGUUGACGGAAAACAUUGUAAUAGUAGAGAAUAUUUAGUGAAUAGAUCUCAAUGACAGUAAUUAUCUGAGAUAUAAAUGUCCCAGUGUGUUGAGAUGAUAUAGAAGCUUAUGUACUGCUGUGUGUAUCUGUCUACAGAGCAGUGUUCUGGAGCUGCCUAGGGAGCUGCAGGAGUUGGAGCACAUGCGGCAGGAGUGGGCCAUCGACCAUCACCCUGUCAUAGAGCAGGGCCUGCUGGAGCGCUCCAACCCCAGACCCCUACCCCCAUCACAGGAUGGGCAGGGCCAGAACACAGACACCCAAAGACAACCUGACCCCCCUGUCCCCACAGCAGGGCUGCAGGCCCGAGCAGAGACCCCCCGUCCCAGCAAUACCCCGUGGGCAUCUGACCUCCAUGCUAUGCCCAGUGCCCUGACCCCAGAGGUCCAGCAGAGCUCCAGGAAACAGCCCUCUGGAGUCGUCAGCCCAGCGGCUCCAUCAGGAUCAGGAGCAUCAGGACUCAUGGAGAUAGUGGUGGACACAAUGGCAGGCAGAGGGAGGUCUCUGAUGAAAGACCCAGCACCACCAACCCUCCCUGUCUUCCCUUGCCUUCCCUACUUGCCUUCCUCUCCCUGGGAAGAGGCCUGGCUCUCCCGAUACCAGCGGCCCAGGUCCCCAAGGAGAGCCCCAGGGUCCUGA